CUCUCCGAUUGGCUCUCUUGGCCAGCGUGCAGCUCGGAUCGAAUUUAGCGGGGAUCCACUUAUCCAACGCCUGUCAGAGUGCGGACGAGAUGAAUGCGGCGCCUUCCUCCGCUUCCCGCUGCGCGCCCGGCAACGUUCCUUCCUGCACAUGCAGAAAUGGGCGUCGACACGCUCGACGGAUGGCUGACGACCCCCGACGGCGUCCAGCUCUACACAAAGACGUGGAAGCCGGCAGAAGUCAAGGCACGUUUGGUGUUCCUCCAUGGCUUCUCGGAUCACUGCAACUUCUACCCGGCCCUGUUUACCACGCUGGCCGAAAACGGCAUCAAAGUGUAUUCACUCGAUCAAAGAGGAUGGGGCCGUUCGGUGCGCCUACCCAAGCAGAAGGGCCAGACGGGCUCAAACGAACAGGUCAUGACAGACAUUACGACAUUUAUCCAAAGUCUCCCCAGCGAUGAGACUGCACCACUCUUUCUGAUGGGGCAUAGCAUGGGCGGCGGUGAGACUCUCGUGUAUGCAUCCACCGGCCCCAAGCAUGUAGUCAGCAGAAUCCGAGGCUUUCUGCUCGAAUCACCCCUCAUCGGCUUGGGCAAGGACGCCACUCCAUUCAAGAUCACCGUUGCUCUCGGUCGACUGGCGGCCAGAAUCGCUCCUACCAUGACAAUGGUGCAGAAGCUGGAUGCCAGUAAACUCUGCAGGGAUCCUGCAGUAUGCAAGGCAUGGGUGGAUGACGACCUGUGCCACGAUACUGCAUCGCUUGCCGGCCUGGCGGGUCUCUUGGAUCGCACGGGGAAUUUGAACGAAGGUCGAAUUGUGCUGGCCGAAGGCAUUGGUGAGGGUGGCAAGACUCGAGUGUGGAUCGGCCAUGGCAGUGCAGAUCAAAUUUGCGACUUCGACGCCAGCCGGCGCUGGUUCGAUCGCAUUCAAGUGGAAGACAAAGAAUUUCAGGCAUAUGAUGGAUGGUAUCAUAAGCUGCACUCCGAGCCUAACGGAGAUGGUGAGCGCUUCGCAGGAGACGUGGUGAAGUGGAUUCUGAACCGAUCUGGUCCCCUUGAGACUGUACGACCAAAGCCGAAAUUAUGACGGGUCUUAUCUGGACUACAUAUCCCUUGGCAUGCAGAUGCACGAAUAUUAUGAGUUAUAGCGAUGC